UAAAACUGAAUUUAUAAAUAUUGCAUUAUGUGCUGAAGCCUUCUAACAAAUGACGUAUUACGCACAUGCGUAUGAGAAGUGGGCGGAGUUUUCCAGUCGGUCAGGAAGAGGAGAAAGGCGGACACAGAACAUCUAACGAUGGCUGCUAUCAGAAAGAAGUUGGUGAUAGUUGGGGAUGGUGCAUGUGGGAAAACCUGUCUGCUCAUCGUCUUCAGUAAGGACCAGUUCCCAGAGGUCUACGUCCCCACUGUGUUUGAGAACUAUGUGGCAGACAUCGAGGUGGAUGGGAAACAGGUAGAGCUAGCACUUUGGGAUACAGCGGGUCAGGAGGACUAUGACAGACUGCGACCUCUUUCCUAUCCUGACACUGAUGUUAUUCUAAUGUGCUUCUCUGUAGACAGCCCUGACAGUUUAGAAAAUAUUCCUGAAAAGUGGACACCUGAAGUGAAACACUUCUGCCCGAAUGUUCCUAUCAUCCUUGUUGGCAAUAAGAAAGAUUUGCGCAAUGACGAACACACCAGACGAGAGCUUGCCAAAAUGAAACAGGAGCCAGUUAAAUAUGAGGAUGGCAAAGAAAUGGCGUCCCGCAUCACUGCAAGUGGAUACCAAGAGUGUUCUGCCAAAUCCAAAGAUGGUGUGAGGGAAGUCUUUGAGAUGGCAACUAGGGCAGCACUGGCUGCCAAGAAACGUUGCAGGAAGUCCACCUGCCUUCUGUUAUAGGCUCAGGGAGAGGAGGGGGCUGCUGUCAAGCACAGAUAAGAGGGCAGCUUCCAUUAAUAUUUGACAUUUGGGAGAGUUUUGGGAAGGGCCCAGAAAAGUUUUGCAGAUGCUCAAUUUGUCAUCAUACAGUUAUCCUUGGCAAAUGAAAGCAGAUCUUAAAUGAUUUGAUAGGCUUCUACACCUCAAUCCUUGGUUUCUACAUUGGUUAUGUACCAUUUUGGUUUCUUCUAUCAAACACUUUUAGAUCUAGAAAUCUCUUUGGCAGAUGGUCAGGGGUGAUUUAAAGUUGAGUAGAUGUAAACUUAUUGAAAUGUGCCAUGAUUGGAAUGAAGUUGGAAAUGGUCAUUACCAGGCCAAAGACAGUGGGGAUGUGAAAAAAGACAAAAUAAUUAUGUUCAUGUAAAGUGGGUUAAAUUAAGACAAUGUCUAAGUGGAUUUUACACAGUAUCGCCUACAUGUAGUGCCUUGAGAGCAGGGGUCAAGAAGAGAAAGUUAAGGGGUUAUGGUUCAUAACUUGAGACGGGGUAUAAUUUUGUCAUUUGUAGUGUCCAUAAAUCACAUUUGUGAAUGCUUUCUCCCCUGCCAUUGGCUUGGCUCCUUCAGGCUUAUAUUCUGACUCAGGCGCUAUGCAGGGGUAAACUAGAUUGUAUGAGAUAUUUUCCCAUACCGAAAUAUUUACCUGUACUUAAGUCUGCGUGUGUGUGUGUGUGUGUGUGUGUGUGUGUGUAUGUGUAUGUGUGUGGGACUGUAUGGUGGUUUGUUUUCUCCAGUGCAGGUCUGCAUGCAGUGGAUGUGUGUAUAUUUGUGUGAGUGUGUAAUAACAAGUGUCUACGUACUGUAUGCAUGGAAAGGCCUUCUGCGUCGCUGACCUAACCCAUUGUUUCCAUGCCAAAGUUACCCCUGAAGGCCACAUUUUACGGCUCAGAUGGGUAAUGGAAUAAACAGCUACUCAGAGUGACAUAGAAACCACCACUUUACUGGAAGACAUUGUACUCUCCAUAGAGGCACAAUCAGGUUAAUCAUGUUAAGAAUUUUUAGGACCUUUUUUUUGUGUGUAAUAGAGAUUCAAUUGAUUGUGUUGUUUGAACACGAGUGAUGUAGUUCAUAAGUUGAAUAUUCUUUCUUUAGAUGAUAGUCUUCUCUUCUAUAAAGUAUAUUAUGUACUGUAUGUCUUACAAGGCCUUGUAAGGACAUGUUAUUGAUGUGUAUUUCAAAUUUGCCUUUAACUCAAUUUUCUCCCCUUUUAAUGAUACUGUCAUUAUUGUACUAUAUCUUUUUAUUGUUGAUGUCUCUCAUUUUCUUAGUAAAUCUUUCUUGUUUGACUUAAUCCUACUGUCAUCAGCUUACAUCAGUUUACUGAAAAAAAAAACCUGUAAUCUUAGAAUUGUUUUGUUUGAUUAAAGGUCAACCUUAGGGUACAUGGCUGGCAGGUGAGAUACAAGAGCAGUUAUUGUACCUGUAUAUUUUUUUUUCUUUGCAUUUUUUUUACUGUGACACCUUAGGAUUUCUGGAUUUUGGCUUCAGAAUAAAGGUGAUAGUAGGGUUUUCCGUUUUUAAGGUA